CCUCGAAACCAUUCCUCCAGCUCUCUGUUCUGUUCCUUUCCUCUCUUCGCUCUGUAAGAAGGCGAUUUCCAGCCCGUGCUGACAACUGGUAUCUAGAAAGAACGAGACCGGUUUUCCCAGGUCUGGAUGGCGGAUGUGAAGAGAGGUGACACGUCCUAUGGUUGUAUUCUGCUUAAAUGCUUUUAGGCAUCUUGGUUGCUGCACCCGGAACCGUCGUGGGUUGAUCCCACCUGUGAAUACGAAUGUCCGAGAUAUCUUGCUGGAGUCGAGAAUCUGGUGUACAACGUGCUCGAGGAUGUUCAGGGCUCAGCUAUUUCGUAGUAUUAUGCGAAACAUAAGUUCGCAAUGCUUCAUAGAGUCUACCCGUGUGAUUCUCAUGGGGUAUAUCGAAGGAACAACUCUCGCUCGGCUACAAGACAAGUGUCCCAGCCACGAUACCCCUCGAUAUAAUCCCUUACCUCACAAAUCCUAUAGUGAAUGGCUCGAUAUAGCGAAAGAGCCCGUAAGUGCUCCUCCAUCAUUUUGACGAUUUUUCUCACCGAUGAUUCCUGAGUACAUUGCAGCGCCAAG